AAGUGCCUAGCUAGUAUUGGGUUAAUACCGUGGAGUGUUGGUGGAAAUAAUAGAACCAACAUCCCCAAACAACCGCUUAUUGCUAACGCGACCUCUUCCUGUUCCCGCUGCAUCAGCCUCAGAGCACCCGCUAGGGUUUCUUCUGCACACCCAACCAAAUGGCUGAUCCUGAGUUGGAAGCAAUCAGACAGAGAAGGCUGCAGGAGCUUAUGGCUAGCCAUGGUGGCGUGGGAAAUCAACAGAACCCUGAACAGGAGAAAGCUCAGGAUGAUGCAAAGAGGGAGGCUGAGGAACGGAGACAGAUGAUGCUUAGUCAGAUAUUGUCUGCUGAAGCGCGAGAAAGGCUUGCUCGAAUUGCUUUGGUGAAACCUGAGAAAGCAAGGGGCGUUGAAGAUUUUAUAUUGAGAGCUGCUCAGAUGGGUCAGAUAACUGAAAAGGUUUCUGAGGAAAGACUCAUAUCACUGUUGGAGCAGAUAAACAACCAAACAACAAGGCAGACAAAAGUUACAAUACAGAGGCGUCGAAGUGUUCUUGAGGAUGAUGAUUAACUUUCACUGUCUCUUUAAACGGUGUGCCUUGAGUAUUGAUUUCAUGCUUUAUUAUAUAUUUUACUAAGUAUUGUAUAAGUGGAUUGAGAAAUAUAUCUGUUUCAGAUUGAAAUUUUGGUUGCCUUGCCAGGCCUCCUAAUUAAAAUACUUGAAAGCUUUUUAUUAUCAUUUUGACACAUUCAUUUGCAAAACAAUUUCUAGCAUGUGGAUGGCAUCUCACAGAUUGCAUGUUGUUAUGUUCCACGAAAUAAUUUAUUUUUUUUUUGGUUUUA